UUGCUGCUAGCUGUCAAAUGAUUGAAAGCAGCAAAACAAAAAACAAAACAAAAAAAAAACUCGAGCUUCAUAACAUUUAUUCAUUCACUCAUUGGAAGAGAUAUAUUAUUGCCAAUAAGUUGUUUACGUGUCAGUCAGAGGAGUGUGAAAUGCCGAUGACGCCGCUCUGAAAUGAAAAGAAAGGGGAAGUGAAACUUAAGGCGGCUGGUUUGGAUUAAUACCAAAAAGAGUAAAGUAUCCUGUCACAUCUCCUGGUCUCGGCAACAUGACGUCGGCAGACAACCUGUACUUCAUCAUAACAAGAAAACCUGAAUACCAGCUGCACAUCAAUGCUGGCCGCAUAUGCUACAUCAGUAAAAAGACGCACAGAGGAGAACUGCAAAGAUGUCAUUCUCCCACAAAGUUGCCCGUCUUCUUCGUGGGCUCAUAUACCUCGUUAGAUUACAACAUAGAGGUGAGUAGCAUGGAGGAGCUGAGUGCAGAGGAGGCUGAGCUGCUGCUGGCCGUGCCUGAGGACGCAGAGAGGCUGAGGUGGUCCAGAGACAAAGAUGCUCUGCGAGCAGCUCUGCGACUCACCAAGGGCACUGCAGUGACUGUGGAUGAAGGAGGACAGAAACUGAGAGGCAUCAUUCGCUACAUUGGAAAACUGACAGAGCCAACAAUUUCCUGUCCCUUGACAGGAACGUUCUUUGGCGUUGAACUGCAGGGAGCAGACAGGGGGAAAGGGAAUACUAAUGGGUCCUACCGGUAUAAUGCUUUCUUCUCCUGUGCGAAAGAUUGUGGCAUUUUUGCCCCAUUCUCCAGACUCAGGCCGUCAGUUCCCAGCCCAGUAUCGCCCCCCAUCUCUGAGCCGUCCCCACAGCUAGAAACAGAGGAGCUAAUCUCAGGCGACAGAGUCACUUUCUUCAUCAGUGACAAAUGUCGCCAUGGAAUGGUGGUGGAUGUGCAAGAAAAGGAUGGACAACAUAUUGUUCGGAUUUCCACGGACACAGAUGAGAAUGGAAAGAGAGGGGGUGAAAUUGAAGUUCCGAUACAGUUGGUUGCUAAAGGGGAAGUGCCUGCAGAGCCCGAGAGCAUGGACAUUGAUACAGCCCUGGAGGAGCAAAACACUGACUAUCUGUACAUGGAUCUGAGUGUGAACUCUCUGGUAGAGGUGACUUUGGGUUCAGGCAAUUCAUAUGGAAUCAUCCGCUGGAUCGGCACUCUACCCGAUCGACAGGAAAUCAUGGCUGGACUAGAGCUGGAGGAGGACAAAGGAGUGAGCGAUGGUACCUUCAAAACUGAGCGCUUCUUCGUUUGUCCCCCCAAGAGAGCUCUGUUUGUGAAGCUUAGCUCCUGCCGUCCUGACUCCCGGUUUCAGAGCACAUCAGCCAAUCACAGCGAGACGAUGCCAAAACAGGAAGACACGGAGAGCGAGACAGAGCACAACUCAGGGAAGCUGGAGACUGUUCCUCCUAUCAGCGCGGAGCAGGUUAACCAGAUUUUGAUUGGACGAAUGAGGGGGAUCCAAGGCCACUGCAACUCCUGCUACAUGGAUGCUGCCCUCUUCAGCUUGUUUGCCUGCUCCUCUGUGUUGGACUCCAUGCUGUUUAAAACGACAGAUCCUCAAGAUGCCCCAAUUCAAAACACAUUGCUGCAUGAGAUUGUUAAUCCCCUCCGCAGUAAAGGUUUUGUAGAAGGGAGACACAUCAUGAAGCUCCGGCAGCAGCUGCAGAAACACGGCUACAGUCACUCCUUCACCACAGAUGAGAAGGAUCCAGAGGAGUUCCUUACCAUCAUCAUGCACCACAUCCUGGCACUGGACCCUCUCCUCAAACUCUCAGCGGGCGGUAAAGUGCAGGAGAGCUACUGCUAUCAGAUCUUCUUGGACCAGAAUCACAGCCUGGUGCUGCCUACAGUCCAGCAGCUGCUGGAACAUUCUUUCCACAGUGCAGGACUCAAGCUGGCAGAGGUGCCAUCCUGCCUCAUCCUCCAGAUGCCCCGUUUUGGGAAGAAAUUCAAGAUGUUCGACAGGAUCGUUCCCUCUCUGGAGCUUGACAUCACUGACCUCCUCUCUGAAGGUCCCCAGCAGUGCAUGCUGUGUGGGAAACUGGCACAGGAGGAGUGCACCGACUGUUUUAAAGAUCCUCUUUUCAGCCAUACGGGAUUCAAAAUCUUCUGCAAGACGUGCUCAACUCAGGUGCACGCUCAUCCUCAACGGCGGUCCCAUCACAGAGCUCCUCUGGACAUCCCAAAGGGUUACCUGGGUCGCGGGAUGCCUCACACUCUGACCAGAGAAAAGCUGGAGCUGUUCGCUGUGCUCUGCAUCGAGACCAGCCACUACGUGUCCUUCAUCAAAUACGGGCCAAACAGCCAAGACUGGAUCUUCUUUGACAGCAUGGCAGACAGACAAGGAGAGAGCGACGGUUUCAACAUCCCGGAGGUUCACGCCUGCCCUGAGGUCAGCAUGUACCUGAAAAUGUCUCCAGCGGAGCUGGCCAAUCAGGUGCCCCGAGACAUGGAAGGUGUGGCCAAACGUCUCUUUUGUGACGCCUACAUGUACCUGUAUCAGAGCCCCAGCAUGUGUCUCUAUCGCUGAGGUGGAUCCACAGAUUGCUGUACAAUAUGUCAGCUGGACAAAAAUAUUGUUCCUUUUGCAGUUCAUGUAAUUUCCUUUUUGCCAGAUUGGUUUGUUAUUUUUAUAUAUGUAUAAAUAUAUAUAAGUAAGUACAAACUGACAUUGCUUGCUUGCUAAUUUUGCACUAUAAAGAAAAGAACAUGCAUCAGCAUGUGUUGACAAAGAAGAAUGACAUGUUGCACUGUAAUAUUAAAAUUUUGUUGUUUCCUC